AUGUAUUCAUCUGAUGAUUAUUCGAGAGUACCUGAGAGACCUAAAGGAGGAGAACUUAAACAAAAUCAACAAAAUAUACCACAGAUAAAACAAAUACCAAUAAAACAAUUACCGAUAAAACAAAGACCAAAUGUAAUAAGAGAAGAUCAAAUAAGAGAUGAUCGGAUAAUUGGUGAUCAAGCUAAACAAAUUAUAAUUCAACCAAAAAUACCAAUACCUAUACCCGUAGUAGAUCCACAGAUAGAUAGAGGAGUAUUGGAAAUAAAUGUACAAGAAGAAAUAU